AUGUUUACUUUACUUUUCAUCGCCGCCGUCGUAGCAAUAGGUGCAAGUAAAAGCGAGCCUCAAUCGAUGGUUGAAUAUUACGAUUUGAACGAAACGCAAUAUCUUUUCUUCUCUCAACAAGUGACUUGGGACGAAGCGCGAGUGCUGUGUAGUUAUUACAAUGGAAAGCUCGCCAUCCUAGAUACCUUGGAAAAAGCCGCAAAAAUUGCAGAGUUGAUGGCGGAUUCUAACAUUGAAAUCAAGAAAGAUUCGUGGCUCGGCGGACGACGUCUGGGAAAUACGUGGUCAUGGAUGUACGAUCACGUUGAAUCGCAGAAAAACAAGGAGAUACCUGUGCAACCAAAUAUAGAGGAUUAUCCGCCAUGGGCCAGGGAACCAUCACGACCGAUGAAAAGUUGUCUGGCGAUAGAUCGUCGCUCUCAUUCUCAUCCCAAUUUUAUCGACCUAGAUUGUCGUCGGCAACGGUCAUUUAUCUGCGAAAAGAAACGCGAAGAGGGAGUCGGAAAACCUAUACCUUCCAAGUGGGUGCAGAUACAACGACGCACGUAUAUCUUUUAUCAUGCCAGAUUUACCUGGGAAGAGGCCGCGGUAUAUUGCCGUUUAUUAGGCGCCAGAUUAGCUAUUCUGAGCAAUUCUGAUGUCAUUGAGAUUCUCGCCAAUGUUAUGACAAAGGCACGGCCAGAUUUCGAGAAUGUCUGGAUCGGGGCGCAUUAUACCCAUGGUCAAUGGAUAUGGUUGUCCACGGGUAUGAGCAUGUCUUCAACGGACGAAAACGGAUACCCGCCGUGGCGAUCCGGUAGGUCCGAGAGAAACGACGGAUGUCUGCUCUUCGAUCGUCACAUAGAUAACAUACCGAGUUUCAUCGAGGCGCGAUGCGACCGCAAGCGCGACUUCAUAUGUGAGGAAUAUCCGAAAGACGAGUUCAAUGAUUGGCUAAAUGAGCCUACAAAGUUCACGUACAAUAAUAGCAUCUACAUCAUUUAUCCGAUGGAAAAGACUUGGCAAGAGAGCAAUGCAUUUUGUAAUAAACGGGGUAGCGUGCUAGCUCAGAUGAAUGACAUGAACAUCACUAAUCUGAUCGUUGAAGCGAUGAGCGAUCAUCCUAAAGAUAUAUCUCAUGUUUGGAUCGGAGGAAAUUUGAUCAAAAAGAACAAGUGGCAAUGGACACAAAGCGGUCGUAGGAUCGCGAAUAAGAAGGACUCCUUCGGAUUUCCACCCUGGACGAACAUGAACGACGAACAGCUCGAUCGUUAUAUCGGUCGCCCGGCGGCCUGCCUAAAUCUGGACCGUAGCGAUCACGUAAAACCGCAUUUUUACGGUCUCGAUUGCAAUAACAAACAACCGUUCGUCUGCAAAAUAACGUGCAAUAUAGUACCACCUGUAAAUAACGGCAGCUGGAUAUGCGAAGACACGCUGAAAGGCAAACGCUGCGAAUUACGCUGCGACGAAGGAUUUAUGAUGAUGGGAAUGAAAAAGAUAUUCUGCACGCAUCGACACGGAUGGAGCACCGUGGAAAACUGGCUCGAAGUCCCGUUCUGUAUCGUAUCGAAAGAUUAUGCGAAACGAAUGGUAAGAUCGUUGGAUCACGAUCUACAAAGAAGCGCCGGUUACUUUUUCAUUGUGAAUCAUGCAAAUGAAAAAAUGCAAUCGUUAGCAUUGCGCUUUAUAGAACAAAUUCUAAACAUCUUUCCAAUGAAUUAUAAUCUCAAAAUGGGAAUGCAUAGCAUGACUCCACCGAUUCAAUUGUCAUUCAAUCAAACUGACACUUGUGCGGCAUUACAAACGAUUAAUUCCGUCAGAAAACAAUCGAACGCAGUGGGCAACUCUCGCCAAUUGCAUUCUAAAAUCUGGAAUCAACAAUUGGCGAUGCAUAAAGGAAGAAAAAUCGUGAUAUUCAUUAUCAUCGACGCGAUCAAAAUGUACCAAUAUGUAGAAAUUCUCGCUCACAUGAAGACUGUUGGCAAUCGUAUUGUUGCGAUCGGUUUAGAAGAUAACUGGGAGUUCUUACUUCCUCUGGCUUCUAUCGGCUUCGAUCGUCAUAAAAAUCUUUACCUAUUCAACGACGAAAAUUUGACACAAUUAUUAAAGAAUUGCAUAGUGAGUAAAAUUAUGUGAGAUUUACUCAACUUUAAAAUAUACUUUCGCUUUUAGAUUAAUUUAACAUAUUAUAUUUUACAAUUCACAAUGUUA